CGGCGGCGGCUCUUCGGGGGUGUGCUGACCUCCAAGAGCACGCUGAACACGCUGGGGGUGGCUGUCAACCGCACGCUGGCCCACCGACUGGAGCGCCUGGUGUACUUUACCGGUACACGGGGCCGCAAGGUGCCGCACGGCAUGACAGUGGUGACGCACAGCGAUGAGCGGCCCAUCUGGAACAUGUACCAGACUGUCAGGUACCUUCUGGACCACUACGUAAACGACUUCGACUGGUUCUUCCUGGUGCAGGACGAUACUUACACAGAGGCACACCGGAUCAGCCGCCUGGUUGCCCACCUCAGCAUUGACACCCACCUCUACAUGGGUCGCCCCGAGGAGUUCAUCGGUGGGGACACCGAGGGACGCUACUGCUAUGGGGGUUUUGGCUACCUGCUGUCCCGCAGCCUCCUCCUGCUCUUGCAGCAGCACCUGGAGAGCUGCCGCAAUGACAUCCUCAGUGCCCGGCCCGACGAGUGGCUGGGCCGCUGCAUCAUCGAUUACACAGCCGUCAACUGUGCUGAGGAGCACGAGGGCUUGCGUUACCACUACUUCGAGCUGGGGAAGAAUGCAGACCCUGAGCGGGAGACCGACCUCCGUCUCCAGAGCGCCUUCACUGUCCAUCCUGUGCUGGAUCCCCUCCAGAUGUACCGGCUGCAUAAGUACUUCGCGCAGGUGGAGCUGGAGAAGACGUACCAGGAGAUCCAGCAGCUCCAGCUGGAGAUCCAGAAUGCCAGCAGCCUGUCUGCUGAUGGGGACCACGGCGCCACGUGGCCCAUUGGCAUCCCGCCCCCCUUCCAGCCCAAAACUCGCUUCGAGGUGUUACGCUGGGACUACUUCACGGAGGAGCAGGUCUAUGCCUGUGUGGACGGCUCCCCCAAGUGCGAGCUGCACGGUGCGGACCUGGCAGAUGUGGCCGACGUGGUGGCCACGGCCAUGGAGGAGCUGAACCACAAGUACCAGCCGGUGCUCCACGUCCGCAAGCAGCAGUUGGUGAACGGGUACCGGCGCUUUGACCCCACCCGUGGCAUGGAGUACACGCUGGACCUCCAGGUGGAGGUGGUCACCCAGAAGGGGCACAGCCGCUCUGUCACCAAGCGCGUGCACCUGGUGCGGCCCCUCAGUGAGGUGGAGAUCAUCCCCAUGCCCUACGUGACGGAGGCCAGCCGCAUCAAUGUCAUCCUCCCACUGACGGCCCACGACCGGGACCACGCUGCCCACUUUUUGGAGGCUUAUGCGGCGGCUGCCUUUGAAAGCAGCGAGAACGCGGUGCUUACCUUCCUCUUUAUCUAUGACCCCUUUGAGGCCCAGCAGGUCACCCAGAAUGACAUCUUUGCCUCCGUGAAGGCCCAGAUUACCGAGUACGAGCGCAAGUAUGCAGAGGUGAAGAUCCCAUGGAUCAGCGUCAAGACGGAUGCACCCUCCCAAAUCAAGGUCAUGGACAUUAUCUCCAAGAAGCAUCCCGUGGACACACUUUUCUUUGUGGCUGGCGGGGGGGCAGAGGGCACCGUCGACUUCCUGACCCGCUGCCGCAUGAACACCAUCAAUAACUGGCAGGUCUUCUUCCCCAUCCACUUCCAGGGCUACAACCCUGCCAUCGCGUACCACAACCAGGUGCCGCCUGCCACGCUGGACCUGCUGCGGGACGCGGGGCACUUUGACCGUGACGUCUUCCACGAAGCCUGUUUCUACAAUGCCGACUACAUGGCAGCACGCACUCGCAUGGCAGGUGACGUGCAGGAGAACGAGGACAUCCUGGAGACCCUGGACAUUUACGACAUGUUCAUCAAGUACUCCAACCUCCAUGUCUUCCGGGCUGUGGAGCCCGCCCUGCUGCAGCGCUACCGGCACCAGGCCUGCAACCCCCGGCUCAGCGAGGAGAUCUACCACCGCUGCAUGCAGAGCAGCCUGGAGGGAGUAGGUUCUCGCUCCCAGCUGGCCAUGGUCCUUUUUGAGCAGGAGCAGGGGAACAGUACCUGAACCUUGGGGCGCGGAGGGGCUGGCCCUGCCCUGCCGUGCCUGCCUGCCCACCCCAUCUCUUCUGCCCAAAUCUGUCUUCCUCCUCCUGGUGGCUUCAGGGAUUGCUGGUGCCCAAGCUCGUGACUUGUCCUGCUGGGCCUGC